AUGGACGCAAUGGAGCAGAUGCAGGAGUCGGGGGCAGUGGGGACGACAAGCGCGGCCGCGACGUCCAGUGCAGCCGGGACAACAGGCACGGCGGCCGUCAACUCAAUGUCCGAGAUCCUGGCCAGCAACAGCAGCGCCUCCCCGACGGAGGCGGCCGGAGGGGUCGCUGCCGCUGCAACUUGCGACGCUGGUGAGGGAGGGCCGGUGGCCUUGCUGCCGAAAGCCAGGGAUGUGGCCAAGGAGGAGUGGCAGCUGCUUUCUGUGGGCGUCACAGGCCGGGACAUUGAGAACGCAGCACGGGAUGCCCAUUUGUUGGCCAGCUGCGCUCGCGAGCUGCGGCUUUGUUCUGACCCGGUGCUGGUGGCAACAGUCGUAGGCAACCCGGACAACCUCAAACAGUUCAAAAAAAGGCUCAAAAAGGAUGUCAAAGAAGCAAUCAGCAAGGCAGUGUCGCGGAUGAAGCAGCGCAAGAUCACAAAGCUGAUGGUCUAUUUUGCUGGUCACGGCCAAGCAAGAUCCAUGGAACAAACUGUGAUUGCCGAGCUUAAGCUGGUGCUGGAAGAGGCAGUCAUGCUUGAAGUGGAAAAACAGCAGCUUCAAAAUUCAUGUAUCGUGAGUAUUUUGGACACCUGCAGGGAGGAGGAAACUGGAGAUUUGGAUGAUUCAGAAGAGCGGAUAGAUGGUUCAGUAGAAGAGCCGCAAGGCAUUUCAGAAGAAAAUGUGACACCACACAAAACGAACAAUUAUGUCUACGUGACCUUCUGCCGGUACGGUGAGACACUGCCAGAUUCUAGCCUGGUAUGCGCAGCGAUGCUGCACAUGAUGCAGGCCCAGGCGAGGUGCACAAUCUCGGAGUUCUUUGAUCGGCUGGAAAUUCUGCUCCAGCACCUGACCAUUGGACGGAUCGAAAUGGACAAAACGGAGCUGCAGGCAACCCACGCUAUAAAGCCAAUGUUUCCCGCCGAGUGUUUGCAGGUGGAGUUGCCCGAGCGUUGGCACGUGAAUGUGCUGGAGGAUGAGCAUUUCUCCGCGUUGCAGAACUCGUUUUGCCUGUGGGGCCGUUUGGACCUUCUAGUUGACAAGGAAGUGAAGGCCGUGUUGGAUAAAGAUACAGGCCUCAAUGGAGCACUGCAGGGCACGAUUGAACAGCUGCGGAGGAUAGGCAAAACCUUCCAUGAGAGUCAGCAUCUGUUUCGUGCCAAUCGGAGGCAAGAACUCGAAGUGGCCAGAUGCAACUCCUUGGAAGAUGCCGCGAAGGAAAUCGAGACGAUAGCAUCCUUGCCAUCGAUGUCCAGCUCCAGCACCGAGAGCGGGGUUGGCUUGAAUUGCAUUCCAGAAGGAGUUUGGACAGCCGUGGUGGAGGCGCGGCGGAAAUGUUACAAGAAAACGGACAAUCCAGAUCUGUUUGGGGUGGACCAUGCCGAUGCUGUUUUGUGUGCGUUGGGAACGUUCUUCACAGAGAUUGAGUUGCCAGACGGCAGCAAGCCACACAUAAGCGUCGACAUCCGUGAACGGGCCAUCGACGAGAACUGGGCCACUUACUCCUUUGUUGUGCGAAACAUCAAUGCAUCCGCGGUGCCCCCUGACCAACUCAGACAACUACAGACAUCGCUCACGCAGAACGAAGAGUACAGUGGCCAGUUCAGCAGGGACUUUGAGUUCUUUCUGGGCCGAGGAAGCAUUUGGGUCAUUUUCCGGGCCGUUAAGCUUGAUGCCGAGGACCUUAAAAUGAUCCGCUCCAAGUUGGAGAGUUGGAUCAAGGCCCUGCAAAGGUCCCGGGCCGCCUGGCGCUUUGCACGGCUCCAGCAGGUGCCUCGGGCGGCUGUGCCGGCGGGCCUUCUGAAGAUGGCGCACCAGCUGCGCGGGUUGGUGCGAGGACGAUGUGUCGUGCUCUCUGCAGACAACGUGCGGGAGUUGGUGGCCGAGCGGCUGAAUCAAGAAAAGCCAAAGGCAGGGCAGCUGAAUCCUGCACACCUUCAUGUCUUUGAGGGGCAGCGCAGUGCCCGCGGAUGGCUGCGGAAUGGAGAGCUUCGAUUCAUCCGUUCUGAGGACUGGCGCAGCUUGGUGCACCACUUGUCUUCCAACCUCAGAGGUUGCCUCGAGCAGAAGGCGAAGGAGAUGACCGAAAGAAAGUCGUGGGAACACUCUCCAGAGUUUCAGGCUGGGGUAUUUUUGCUACAACGUCUAGUCUCCGAGGGUGUGGCAGUGGACGAGGUGGCAAAGGCAAAGAGCCCCCGACGCUUCCUGAUUGGGGUGCUUGAACUAGAUGGACGUGCUGGAGGAAGCCAUCAGAAAGCCUGGCAAAGUGCCGACUUCCUCGAGCAAAAGGUGCACAUCCCUGGCCAGAUUUCACAGAAUGCGCAACGCAAGUACGUCCUCAUCGUGUGCGACGGAGUGAUCGGCUGCGGCAAGUCCGCCUUUAUGGACAGGAUCCGCGGCGUCAACGUCUUCCACCAGCCCGUGGCGCAGAACUCCGAGAACUCUUGGUGGCGUCUUCUGGCGAACUUCCACGACGCCACGUCGUUGCAAGCCCGCCGGGAGCAGGUGGGUCAGGCAGGUUGGCACCUGGAGAGGGCAAUCUGGGCGCACCAUCGUGCCAUUGCCACGCAGCGGGUGGCACACGCGAUCACGAAGGGGAGCUGCGCUUCGGCCCUCCACGUCUUUUGCAAGACGAUGCAGGAGAAGGGGCUCCUGGAGCGGCGCCAGUUUCACACAUUUCUGGAUGACUUCUGCGAAAUGGAGAAGAACAUAUGCCACCAAACCACGCUGACGGUAUACUUCCGUCUGCCAGUGGACGAGGCAAUGAGAAGGAUUUCAAAGCGAGCAAAGGAGGAGGACCGCUUCUUUGAGAGAGACAUCACUCCGGAGUACUUGUCGAGCUUGCUUGCGAAAUAUGAGGAGCUGCACAAGGACCGUGAGGAUGUAAUCAGCGUUGAUUCCAGCCAGCCAAACGAUGAGAUGCGCCGUGACGUGGUCCACCAGCUUGAGCGAAGGUAUGAGGAAUGGCUGAAGUUGCUUAGGAACAAAGGCUUUCCAGCAUCCGAGACCUUGGAUCUCAUCAUUCACUGGUUCAGGCAGGCCAAGUGUACAUAG